UCACUCCACGCCCCCGGCCGCAAAGCAUGCCGGGCAAGAGGAAGACCUCCAGUGGCUCCCCGCGCAGCGCGGCUGUGUUUGCGGCCUGUGCAAAAAGGCGCUUUGGAACCCGUCUCCCGGACGGGCGGCGGGCAGAAACCUCAAACUGAUACAGCCUGUUGUAACCUGGAGCCUACAAGACAGCGAAGACAGUACCAUUUUCUCAGCGGCGGGUAAUAUAAGAACUGUCUUCCUAAGAAAGUGCUAAGUCAUGGGAUCAGUCUGAGGACGAAAAGUUGUGAGCAUGAAGGAUGUGCUUUUCUGUUGGAAAGAAAUAUCUAACAAACAGGAGUCUAUCCUGAACUUAGAUCUACAUUUUGGGAGCUUAUUUUAGAAAAGAUCUAAGUUUUAAAAAUUCUCAAUGGACAGACAGAGAAAAGAGGGUCUUUGCCAACUCCUUUGGACUGCUGCAGUAAGAAUGUCUUUCCCCCCUCAUUUGAAUCGCCCUCCCAUGGGAAUCCCAGCACUCCCACCAGGGAUCCCACCCCCACAGUUCCCUGGCUUUCCUCCACCAGUGCCUCCAGGGACCCCAAUGAUUCCUGUACCAAUGAGCAUUAUGGCUCCUGCUCCGACUGUCUUGGUACCUACUGUGUCCAUGGUUGGAAAGCAUUUGGGAGCAAGAAAGGAUCAUCCAGGUUUAAAGGCUAAAGAAAAUGAUGAAAAUUGUGGUCCUACUACUACAGUUUUUGUUGGAAACAUCUCUGAGAAAGCCUCAGACAUGCUUAUACGUCAGCUGUUAGCUAAAUGUGGUUUGGUUUUGAGCUGGAAGAGAGUACAAGGUGCUUCUGGAAAACUUCAAGCCUUUGGAUUCUGUGAGUAUAAGGAGCCUGAAUCUACCCUCCGUGCACUCAGAUUAUUACAUGACCUGCAGAUAGGAGAGAAGAAGUUGCUUGUUAAAGUUGAUGCCAAAACAAAGGCACAAUUGGAUGAAUGGAAAGCAAAGAAGAAAGCUUCUAAUGGGAAUGCCAGGCCGGAAACUGUCACUAAUGAUGAUGAAGAAGCAUUAGAUGAAGAGACAAAAAGAAGAGAUCAGAUGAUUAAGGGGGCCAUUGAAGUUUUAAUACGUGAAUACUCCAGUGAGCUAAAUGCCCCCUCACAAGAGUCUGACUCUCAUCCCAGGAAGAAGAAAAAGGAAAAGAAGGAGGACAUUUUCCGCAGAUUUCCAGUGGCCCCAUUGAUCCCUUAUCCGCUCAUCGCUAAGGAGGAUAUAAAUGCUAUAGAAAUGGAAGAAGACAAAAGAGACCUGAUAUCUCGAGAGAUCAGCAAAUUCAGAGACACACACAAGAAACUGGAAGAAGAGAAAGGCAAAAAGGAAAAAGAAAGACAGGAAAUUGAGAAAGAACGGAGAGAAAGAGAGAGGGAGCGUGAAAGGGAACGAGAAAGGCGAGAACGGGAACGAGAAAGGGAAAGAGAACGUGAACGAGAGAAGGAGAAGGAACGGGAGCGGGAACGAGAACGGGAUAGGGACCGUGACCGGACAAAGGAGAGAGAUCGGGACCGGGAUCGAGAGAGAGACCGGGACCGGGACCGAGAAAGGAGCUCAGACCGAAACAAGGAUCGGAGUCGGUCAAGAGAAAAGAGCAGAGACCGUGAAAGGGAACGGGAGCGGGAAAGAGAGAGAGAGCGAGAAAGGGAACGUGAGAGAGAACGCGAGCGUGAGAGAGAACGCGAGAGGGAACGGGAGCGUGAAAGAGAGAAAGAUAAGAAACGAGACCGAGAAGAAGAUGAAGAAGAUGCAUAUGAACGAAGAAAACUUGAAAGAAAACUCCGAGAGAAAGAAGCUGCUUAUCAAGAGCGACUUAAAAAUUGGGAAAUCAGAGAACGAAAAAAAACUCGGGAAUAUGAGAAAGAGGCUGAAAGAGAAGAAGAAAGAAGAAGAGAAAUGGCUAAAGAGGCUAAACGACUAAAAGAAUUCUUAGAAGAUUAUGAUGAUGAUAGAGAUGAUCCCAAAUACUACAGGGGGAGUGCUCUUCAGAAAAGGUUGCGUGAUAGGGAAAAGGAAAUGGAAGCAGAUGAACGAGACAGGAAGAGAGAAAAGGAAGAGCUCGAGGAAAUCAGGCAACGCCUUCUGGCAGAAGGGCACCCAGAUCCAGAUGCAGAGCUCCAGAGGAUGGAACAAGAGGCUGAGAGGCGCAGACAACCACAAAUAAAGCAAGAGCCAGAAUCAGAGGAAGAAGAAGAAGAAAAGCAAGAAAAGGAAGAAAAACGAGAAGAGCCUAUGGAAGAAGAAGAGGAGCCUGAGCAAAAGCCUUGUCUGAAACCCACUCUGAGGCCCAUCAGCUCCGCCCCAUCUGUUUCCUCUGCCAGUGGCAAUGCAACACCCAACACUCCUGGGGAUGAGUCUCCCUGUGGUAUUAUUAUUCCUCAUGAAAACUCACCAGAUCAACAGCAGCCUGAGGAACAUAGGCCAAAAAUAGGAUUAAGUCUUAAACUGGGUGCUUCUAAUAGUCCUGGUCAGCCUAAUUCUGUGAAAAGGAAGAAGCUACCUGUAGAUAGUGUAUUUAACAAAUUUGAGGAUGAAGAUAGUGAUGAUGUGCCUCGAAAAAGGAAACUGGUUCCAUUGGAUUAUGGUGAAGAUGAUAAAAAUGCUGCCAAAGGCACUGUGAACACUGAAGAAAAGCGCAAACAUAUAAAGAGUCUCAUUGAGAAGAUUCCAACAGCCAAACCCGAGCUCUUUGCUUAUCCUCUGGAUUGGUCUAUUGUGGAUUCUAUACUGAUGGAACGACGAAUUAGACCAUGGAUUAAUAAGAAAAUCAUAGAAUACAUAGGUGAAGAAGAAGCUACAUUAGUUGAUUUUGUUUGUUCAAAGGUUAUGGCUCAUAGUUCACCUCAGAGCAUUUUAGAUGAUGUUGCCAUGGUACUUGAUGAAGAAGCAGAAGUUUUUAUAGUAAAAAUGUGGAGAUUAUUGAUAUAUGAAACAGAAGCCAAGAAAAUUGGUCUUGUGAAGUAAAACUCUUUUUACACUUAGGAUUCCAUUUCAGAUAUCUUACUUCUCAUCCUUUAAAGAACUUUGAAUUUUUCUUUGUCUUCAAAGACAUUUGAGAGACCUGUAAUUUUUUUUAAUGUAGAAAAUGUGAAUUUUUUUUUUUUUUUUUUGGUCCUCUAAUUUGUUAAUGACUUAUGUACUCCUUUGGUUGUAAAGUCAUCUGAAUCCUUGGUUCUCUUUAUACUCGCCAGGUACAAAUUACUGGUAUGUUUUAUAAGCUGCAACUACUGUACACAGCCUAUCUGAUAUAAUCUUGUUCUGCUGAUUUGUUCCUUGUAAAUAUUAAAAUGACUCCCCAAUUCUUUUGCAGAAUUUCACUUAAUAUUUACUUGUACUGUAUAAGAAACAACAUGAAUGAUUUUAGUUGGAAGAAUACCAUUCAUAUCUAUUACCAGUUCUGCCCCUCUUGGAUCAGAAAUGACAAACCCCCACAAGGCAUAGAAGUUAAAAUUUGAAUGCAAAAAUUAGCAGACAAUCUGUUCCUACCGUAUGUAUCUGUAUGAAUGUGUUUGUAUGAAUGCAUGUAUAAAAGUAUUCCCAAGGGCCAGGGAUUUAGCUCGGUGAUUCUGCUGCCUGCCUGGCAAGCUCAAGGACCCGAGUUUGAUCCCUAGGUCCCCCCCCCACUCCCGCCGCCACUGCCCCCCAAAAGUAUUUCCUAAUUUGCUUAAAGAAAACUGAUAUUGUGCAAAUCCAAAUGUCUGGUAUAAGUAGGUUAUUAGUUUCCCAGAGCAUGUUGGUAUUCUGCAGUAAACAACAGUCUUUAAUCAGGGUUUUCCUUAUUUAUAGCUGGCUGUUUAAGCUUCCCUUAUAAUAGAGAGUAGAUCAUGGUGAUCCAUCCUCCACAGUGCCCUAUUUUUAUUGCUUAGCAGUGUUUUAGAAAGUUUAGUUUUUGCACUAGCUGGUCCUUCAUUUAAACAAAUCUUCAUUCCAAAAGCAAAGUGAAAAUUAAGAACCUUUAAAAACAAAUGGGGCUAAUAGUGUAGUUUAGUGGUAGGGCUCAAGCUUUGCAUCCUGGAGGCUCCAUGGUUUUAUUUACCCAACACCAAAAAUUUAAAAAUAAAGACAAAAGAUAAAAUUAGGCAAGUUGACAAGGCUAAGAGAGUUUGGCAAAACACAGUAGGAAUUCAGUGUUGAAUUUACAAAGUUUACAUCUUAUUUCCAGAGAUAAAAUCAUUCAAAGCAGUUAGACCAGGCUAGCCACUAAUUUUUACCUAUUCUCAUUAAAGUUUAUUCUGUGACAAAUUAAGCUCAGUGGUUCCACUGCCUGCCUUGCAAGUGCAAGGAUUCUAGUUUGAUCUCCAGUACCAAAAAAAAGAUUUUUUUUUUUUAAAUUCUAGUGAUAUGUUUAGAGAUAUACCUGUGAGUUUUUAAAGUUGUGGCCCAGAGUUUCAGCAGGAAGCAAAAUUUGCCUGCAAAUGUAACAACUUUUAAACAAUUCUUAACACAAAUUAAAUGCAGUUAUUUCCCUAUUUAUUUCAAAAGAACAUAAAGUUUGGUCUGUUAGAAAAGCUAAUUGUGAAAUUGAGGUAACUAGAUUUUUUUUUUUACUUAAGACAUUUGAAAACACUGUACUUAACACCAAACCAUGGUAUGGUUCCAUUGUGUAAAUAUUUCACAUAUUAAAAAUGUAUAUAUUUGAUCUUGGGAGACUCAUUCUUUCAGAGUCUUGUAAAUAAAUGGCAUCACUUUGUAAUUGUUUAGUGCAUAAUGGAGCACUUAGCUUGGAAAUAUGGGCUGAAUGUUUUAGUGGACUUGAUUUUUAUGACUUGGUGUCAGGAGGUCAGAGGCCAUUUAUCUUAUGUUGGGUGAAUCUACUGUCCAUCUAUGAAAAUAUUUAGUGUUAAAAUAUUCAGAAUUUUGAUAUUGAGAGAAUAUUUGAGAAAGAUGACCUUUGACAUUUGUACUUUUGCUUACUACCCUUAGAUUUCCCCCCCCCCUUUCAACCUGAGACUUUUGUUCAAGCAGUUUGGCCUCUUGUCUUAGCACACUGUAUAGUUGCUGCUUCUGAGGUAUGAUUUUAGGUUGUUUUUAUUUGGUAUUAGCUUGAAGGUUUAGUCACAUAAAUUUAAUUUAUCUUACUGUUAUCUUCUCCUGUUCUUUCAUGUGUGCUUAUCUUAAAGUGCCUCUCUAAAAACUGGAGAUGUCACCUAAAGUCCAUAGGAGUAGAUAGCUUUUUUACUGCAGAACAGUGAGGUUUAUGGCAGGAAUCUAAAAUUCAUAGAUCAACAUUUGUUUAGGAGAACAGGAAUGGUCAUGGUAGGUUUCUUAAAAAAACCACUAAAUUAAUAGCAUAAUGCUAGUUCAAAUGAAGUUUUACUACUGUGCUUCAUAUAAAAUAUUGUUUUCAGUUUCUUGUCUUUCACAAUUGCAUAUAAAGAAUUAAACAUGUAUAAAGUGUCAUAUUCUAGUGUCUGGGAAAGUAGACCUAAAAUAUUCUGUUAAAUUCCUGGAACUUUCUUUACCAUAAGUGUAUACAUUAAUUUCAACUUAGAAACCUGUGUUAAUUCGUAUUGUCCAUUGAAGUUGUUAGGAAAGUCAAUAUCCUCGAUCAGGCAGUUAGAAUAUUAAAUUCAUUUUUUAAUCAUUUGGCCCUAAAAAUUAUUCUAGGUAGAUACAUCUGUUCGGAAGGAAGGAAUAUAAGUGAAAAGUAGUUUUUCUAGAACUUUAAUGUGUACUUCAGUCACCUGGACUCUGAUUACGUGGUGGCUGGGCUUGUUAAUUCUCCAGCUCCCUGACAGUGAAGGGGCCAGCUGGUUAGCACUUUACUCAGCAUUAUUUUAUCCUAACAGACAACACAAAUGUAACUUAUUUUUCUUUUUAAGUAUAUUUUAAAGAAAACCUUAUAAAGCAAAUAUUACAUACUUGAAUCUACUUAUGGACAUAAAUUCAGACUAAUGCCUGAUAACAACUCUAUUUUAGGGUUUAUCCCAACCAGUCCCUGAAAGUGUUCUCUUUAGAGCAUUUUUUCAUAGUGCUUCCUCGUAAAACUAAUAGUAUACACUGCUGUUGGAAGUAUUAAUCAAGCAUCAGUACUACCUCUGGACAAAUUGAAAAAAUUUGUGGGCCCAAGAGCCAAAUUAUACUAAACCCUGUCAUUUUUUUCAAAUAUAUGAAAGAAAAAUUUAAAUCAUAAAUGUAAGCAGCUAUAUAAUGUUGAAGUCAUAUUUACCCAACAAGUUCUAUGAAUGUCCCCACUUAAUACCCCCAAACUGAUGAGAGAUUUUAAUAUUAAAAUGGUUUCAGGUUUUUCUUGGUUAUAUUUCAGCUUUGUAUUAACAGUAUGAAGUUGAGAAAUAGCUUUGCCCAGCAACAGAUGAUGAAAUUGAUUUUUUAAUAUAAUUGGGGAAUAGUAAAAGAAGUCCCAAACAAGCGAAAAAGAAAACAAAACAGAAAAAACCCAUCAGUCUCGGUGUCAAGAAGAUUCAUAAGAAACCCAAGACCUAUAAAUAUUACAUUCAUAAUGUAGACCUAAUGGAGCUUAUAAUUUUUGAUAAGCUGGUUGAUUUUUUUGGAAAUGUGAUUAUUGUAAAUUGAAAUAUUUAUGUUCACUGAUUUGCAUUUCAUUUUAUUACUUGAGUCACAGAAGCCAAAUUAAGAAUGACAGUCUAAAAUGCCCAGGAAAAGGUGGUAAUUUCUAUAAUCAAAAAUGAAUAAAAAUUCUUUUGAAGCCAUGUUGUUUGAGUUAAAUGACACCGUAGAGUUUGUAUUCUGCCACAUUAUUUAUUAGUCAGAUUGAUGUCUUUUAGAUUUUCGUACACAAAAUGGGACUUGGAAUUUUGCAUGAAAUUCAUCUUACCUAGAAAAACUCAAGGAACAAGAAUUUGAAGAGAAGAAAUUUUACUAUGUUCUAUUGUUAUGGACAUUCCAAAAGUGGAGCCCUAGGAAUUCAGAGAUUAACCAGCCAGCCAACCAACCCACCCUCAUUUUGGAUUUAGUCUUUGAAGCUCUUAAAUUCAUCAUUGUCUUAAAUAGAUUUAAACCCAUUAAAAUUGC